AUGAGUUGUCCAUUUAAACAUCUAUAUAGUCAAGGAGCAACAGCAGGUAAUAAUAGUAAUAGUAGUAGUAAUAAUAAUUCACCAUACACCUCAAAUGAAUUCACACCUAUUAGUUCAAAUGUUGCAAUUAGUGAGACCGAAGAAACUGUAAAUAAUUGGGGUUGUCAAGUAGUUAGGGAUGGUGGACUUGACUUUUUUAUAAAGACUGAUAAAUUUUUAGAAUGUAAAGUUCAAGAAGAAGGAGAAGAAAUUGCUGUACAACCAGUGUGUCCAUUUAGAUCAAAAUUUAAAGAUAAUAAUAGUAAUAGUGCAGAUAUAUCAAUACCAGUUGGACAUCCACCAAUAAGAGAUACAACAACAACAACAACAACACCAAAAGAUAAUCUAGUAAUUGAUAAAGAUGGUUAUUUCAUUGUACCAUUAGUUAAUAUGCCACCAUUUUUAACAUUCAAAGAAUUAAAAGAUAUCCUCCUCAGUAUGGAUAUUAGGUUAAAAGAUUUAGAAAACGACACUUGGGAACAUUUAAACUUUUAUUAUGAAUUGGAUUCAACUCCAAGUGAACUUCAAUUAAUUAAUGAUACCACUCAAUUACAUGAAAUUAUAAAAAUUAAAAAUCAAACUAUUUAUUUAAAAUAA